AUGGAAUGCAAAUAUUACGCGAAGUAAAUAUUUCGGUUGACCUCGGACUUUGGCGUUAAUGAUAGCAAGUGCGAGAUAAAGCAAACGGACAGGAGAGAAUUUCGUGUUUUUGCCUUUUUACACACAUGCAGUGGCUUAUUGAAUAUAUUGUGGAUAUCAUCACAGUUGUUUUGAUGUCACGUUUUUUCCUUGGUGCAGCAGGUGUUGCUGCAGGGGCUGCACUUAUCUGUAAUGUAUCUCCUUGGCUUGUUGCCAAACCACAGAUAGCCACCCUGGAUUACCUUAAUGCUGCAAAACUACAAACUCUUGAUGGGAAAAAAACAAAUUUUAGUGCCAAAGAGUUGUGGCAGAGAAAUGGUGCAGUUGUAAUGGCUGUCCGUAGACCAGGAUGAUCUUUAUGUAGAGCGGAAGCCCAGGGCUUGUCCUCCCUUGUAGAGGAGAUGGACGCCCGAGGUAUCCGCUUACAUGCAGUAGUGCAUGAGGUUCUUGGUGCUGAAGAAUUUAAAUCAUUCAUUAAAGGAGAUGUUUAUUUAGAUCCUGAGAAACAUUUUUAUGGCCCUCAAGAGAGAUGGAUGAAUAUUCCAGGAAUUUUUAAUUUCGAAACACUAGCCAGUAUUAUCAAAGAAAUCCGUAAAGGAACUCCAGGAAAUUCAAAAGGUGAAGGACGACUCUUAGGAGCCGUGUUUGUGAUAGGUCCAGGUAAUCAAGGUAUAGUGUUCCAGCACCAUGAGAAAGUUAUUGGUGAUCUUGCAAACCUGGACGACAUCAAAGAUGCCAUAUCUAAAGUCAAUCUUCCACGUGAUUAACAUAAACUUGUCAUCCCGUAGAUUAAUAUGUUCCGAUCAAAAUUCAUCAGCAGCAAAUGUAUUUAAUUUAAAUACAGUUCAAGGAAGUGAAUUCUUAAUGAUUUUCUUUAAUUUGUUCUUAACUCAGACAGUUUGAUGACAAUAAAUACCCAGUAUUAAAAUGAGACAUAAAAAUUGAGUAUACUAUACAAAGUUCUUUCAGGAAUACAUUAAAAUGAAGGUUGUGUAUGUUCUGGAAUUAUGUUACAAAUUUAAUGUUAUACAGAAUAUUCUAGUCUUAAUCAGUAUAAUAUCCAUUCCUGUCCCAUGUGUUUUAUAAUAUAAAAGUUAACAUUUAUUGUAGAACAGAAGAUAUUAUGUUAUGAUAAAAUGAAACUCUCAAGUUCACUGGUUAACUUCAGACUUGAGAGUGGAUGUGAAAGCAUUUAACUUAUAUCUUGUGUUCUCUAUUCUAAAUGUUGAUUUUAAUUGAAAUAAUGUGAUUUUAAUGUUGUAAAUAAAUGUUAGAGGUUUAUUAAAUUUUGUACAAAAUU